AUUAACUAUUUAUCAUAUUUUAGUCGUCAGAGGAUUCAUGAUAGCACAUGACGAGAGUUUAUACAACCAAAUGGUUUAUGGCAUCAGAUAUCUCGAUAUGAGAGUCGGUUACCAUAACGUGAGCGAAACUGAUGACAAACUAUGGAUAGUUCACGGCUUGUUCCGCACGGAUCACACCCUCCGGUCGGCCGCCGAACAGGUGAGAGAUUUUCUCAAAGCGGCGCCAAAAGAGAUCGUUAUCUUUGAUUUUCAUCGAUUUGUCACCGGUUUUAAUGACGAGAAAAACGCUGACAUUCUUAGAAUGAGAUACAAAGAGUUUUUCGAUGUCGUCGAGAGUGAACUCAAGGAUCUGAUGAUACCUUUCAGUGUCGGAUAUGGCGUUACUGUCAACGAAUUGAUCGCUAAAAAUAAGAGAGUUUUGAUCGGCUUUGAUAUGAAUGCGAGAAAAUACUUAUUCAAUGAGUUCUUGUGGCCUAACGUUCGCCAGCAGUGGUCACAGAAGGAUGAGUUGCAGCCAUUGGUUCAGUACUUUGAGAACACGUUAUGUCAGGACAACAAGAAUACGUUGCGGUCGGCGAUGGCUGAGCUCACGCCUACCAUUGAGGGGGUUAUACAACAAAAAUACAAGAGCUUACGAUCGUUGGCUCAACAGACAAACACCAAAUACGUGGAGUGGUUCAGCGAUCGGUGGCCUAAAUGUACGAAUAUUAUUGCCUCCGACUUCUUCUUGAGCUCCAAUGUUGUCGACAUUGCCUUAAGUGUUAAUCACAGGAAUAAUGUUCAACAGAAACCCUUUAAACGAUUUCAUAAGUUUUAUUAAACAUUUCAUAUAUUUUUUUGAUACUCAUAUGAAAUGAAGAC